GUUUUCUUCUCUUCUUAUUCUUUACUUUCCUUAAACCUCCUUAAGAAUUUUCCUUUUCUUUUCUUUUUUUUUAUGUGUGUGUUUAUAUACACAUAGACAUUCAUUUCUUUCCUUCAUAAAAUAUGAAAGUACUAUCUUAUUUUAUAUUUUCAUUGUUAACGUUAAUUUAUUGUACAUUUACAAUUAAAACUGAUCUGAUUGACAAUGUUGGAGAAUAUGAAAUCUCAUCUAUUGAAAAGGAUGCAUUGCCAACUAAAACUGUAAAAAAUGAUAAAGACAAAGAAAUAUCUUCAAGUAUUCCCGUUACGACUGCAGAAGUUGAUAUACUUUACACGACAGAUAUUGAUAAAAAUAUACCAAGUUCCUCUUUUCUACUAAUUCCAACAACUAGUAACCAUAACACAUUUCGUACAAGUUCUAGUGAACAACAGCCAUUGAAUACAACCGAUAAUAUGAGUGAUAAAAAAUUAGAAGAAAAUCUAAAAAAUGAUCAACAGGCAUUAAAGAGAAUGAUUAUUAUAUUAUCUUUAGUAGGCGGGUUAGGAUUCAUGGCUGUUAUUACGACCAUUAUCAUUUUCAUUAGAAUGAGAUCAAGGAAUGAAAAGAUAAGACGAAAAGAAACAGAUCACAGUAGUAAUAAUAGUACCUUUGAAUUGAAUGCUAAUAACCAACGAAGAGGCGAAUCUAAUACAAUUAGAAUAGAUUCAUCGUCUAUCCAUAGUCACUCCUCUAUCUUAGUACCACCACAGCAACCAUCUUUUCCUAAUAAUGUCGCUCAGACUUUUAUUGAACCCUCGGCACCAUCUGCGCUUGAAUUACUUGAAGAGGAUGAUAAUGAUAAUACUAUUUUAUAUUUACAGCCUAGACGUCAUUCUAUCAUGUCAGUAGGCUCACAACACUUUACAGCUCCUUCUGCACCUACAGAGAAAGAGUUAGAUACCAUGCAAGAUAACAUAGAAAUAUUAAAUUCAAAUUCUCUUCAUCACCAUCAUUGUUCAAGGUAUAUAACCACAGAUCAUACCCUUUUAACAUCUCCUGCAAUAGUAACUGAAAUAGAUGAAACGCCUCCACCUGCUUACACUCCGAGUGCACCCCCUCAUUAUAUCUUACCUUUUGAAGUGAAUCAUAGUUCAUCAUCUUCUAGGAGGCAGUCUUUAGGAGACUAAAAGAAAAAAGAAGAAGAAAAAA